AUGGCACACAUAGGCGGGGAUGCCCUGGCGGUCUACGCUCUCGCCACCCUCUUCAACCGCCAAAAGCAGCUAACUGUGGAUGAAGGGAGCGAUGCUCUUGAGCUCACAUGGGUGCCUAUCCUCCUCAUUCACCUCGGCGGCCAGACCAGCAUAUCUGCCUACAGCCUCGAGGAUAAUGAGCUAUGGAUGCGGCAUGCCAUAACUUUGGUGUCCCAAGUCGCGGUCGCCUUGUACAUCUUCUGCAAGUGGUGGUCCGGCCAGAAGAAGCUUCUGCAGGCGGCAGUCUUGCUCUUUGUCCUUGGCAUCCUCAAGUUCAGUCAGAAACCAUGGGCCCUCAGGAGCGCCAGCUUCAAUAGCAUGGCCUCCAGAAGUCUGUCCGUGCCAAGAGAUAAAGGAUCCUUGCCUCCAUGGUGGACACAGUGCACUGUCUAUUUCGGGGAUUUUCUUUCAGCAAGAAAGAAGAAAGGAGAGCAAGAACACGAAUGCAAGCUUUCACUCGAAGACUAUGUAAGCAAGGCAAGGAGGAUUGUAGUACAAGAGACGGAGGUAGCAAGUGAAAGUGCCCAAAAACCAGAGAUAGAGAUACCCGGUAGGAUGGACCAAAUCUGUAUGAUGCUUGUGGACCUAUCUUCUCGGUACUCCAUUCGUCUUAACUAUCUGCAGUAUUUCCUCAAGUUGGAUGACAGGGACGUGCACAACAAUUUACAGGUGUGGGCUAGGGAUACAUUUAGGAUCCUGUACACCAGAUUGACAUCAUACCUAACUCCUCUUGGCUUUUGCUCAAUGUGUUUUCUUCCUUUCCUGGCCUUAGCUUCCCUGGUGCUCUUCGCCAAGAGUGACAAGGAUGGUUACAAUGAGAAUGACAUUCGAGUAUCAUACAUCCUCUUCAGCUCUACAGUCGUGAUGCAGUUCGCACCCUUUCUGCCCAUGACUCACAAGAUCGGGAACAGACUCAAACUUGCUACUUGGCAAGACAUGGUCUCACAGCAAAACCUCAUGUCAUUUUGCGCUCGCAAGAAGCAUCCCACCAGUUUCAUGAAAAUUGUUGCUUACAUGUGUCCCAUGGAGUACAUUAACAAGCAUUGCUACCAUUGGCACGUGUCUGUGGCUCUCCAGAUUCAAGUGCUGGUUCGCCAGUACAUAAGAGAUGGGUGGAAGGAGUAUAUAAGUGACCCUACCACAUACAGAAGAUUCAAUAAUUUCAGGGGGCAACACACUCUGUCGAGGCACCCUCAACAUCUUUGGAGCCUCGAACUAGGAUUCGAUGAGACUGUUCUUGUGUGGCACAUAGCCACAGAUCUCUGCUUCCACCACCCUGACACAUCCUCCCAAGGCCCAAAUGGAGACACCAUCCUACGCAGCACACAGAUAUCCAACUACAUGAUCUACCUGCUUUUCGUGUGUCCUGAGAUGCUAAUGGUAGGGACGAGGCAAGAUUUGUUCACAGUUGCUUGCGAUGAUAUCAAGCACAUUCUCAAGGACCAGAAUGAUCCUGCAAGCAUUGCACGGCAGAUUCUUCUCAUGGAACGAGGUGCACUUAAAGGAAUUGUGGUUCGCAAUGCACACAAACUCACGGAGGAGCUCAUGGGCCACCACGACGAGGAACAGAGGUGGAAGGUGAUCCAAGGUGUUUGGGUGGAAAUGCUCUGCUAUUCUGCCAGUAGAUGCAGGGGCUACCUGCAUGCCAGGAGCCUGAGUGAAGGUGGGGAGUUCCUUACAAAUGUCUGGUUCUUAUGGUCGUUGAUGGGAAUGGAAAUCCUGGGCGACAAGAUCCACCAGCCUCUUGAAAAAGAAGGAACCACGGAUGCUCUGGUAUGA